AUGGACCGUAUGCACGGAUUGGGCCCCUCUUUCAUCGACAUCACAUGGGGUGCAGGUGGUCGUCACUCUGAUUUGACCCUGGAAAUGGUUGGCGUUGCUCAAUCCGUCUAUGGCUUGGAGACGUGCAUGCAUUUAACCUGUACCGACAUGCCUAUAGAGAAGGUUGACAAUGCCCUCCAGACCGCCUACAAGGCUGGAUGCACCAACAUUCUGGCUCUCCGCGGUGACCCGCCCCGUGAUAAGGAGGCAUGGGAGGCCGACGAAAAAGGUUUCCGCUACGCGAAGGAUCUUGUCAAGUACAUUCGCGAAAAGUACGGUAACCAUUUCGACAUUGGUGUGGGCGCCUAUCCGGAGGGCGCCGAUGACAACUCUGACGUGGACCAGUUGAUUGAUCAUUUGAAGGAGAAGGUGGAUGCUGGGAGUACCUUCGUUGUCACCCAGAUGUUCUACGAUGCCGAUAACUUCGUGGAAUGGGUGAAGAAAUGCCGAGCUAAGGGCAUCACCGUUCCAAUUAUCCCUGGUAUCAUGCCGAUUCAGACCUAUGCCUCGUUCAUUCGCCGAUCGACAUGGACCAAGACUCGUGUGCCUCCAGAGUGGAUGGAGGCUUUGGAACCCGUCAAGAACGAUGACUCCGCUGUCCGCGAUAUUGGAAAACGUUUGAUUGCGGAGAUGUGUCGAAAGCUUCUGGCAUCAGGCAUCAACCACCUACACUUCUACACAAUGAACCUGGCUCAGGCAACAAUCCUGGUUUUAGAGGAGCUAGGUCUCUCACCAUCACCCGAAUCUCCCAUUCAGCGCUCUCUGCCAUGGCGGCCGUCUCUUGCGCUGGGUCGCAGAACGGAAGAUGUGCGACCGGUGUUUUGGCGCAACCGGCAGUCGUCAUAUGUCGCCCGUACCCAAACAUGGGACGAAUACCCCAACGGUCGUUGGACCGACUCUCGCUCUCCUGCGUUUGGUGAACUGGAUGCUUACGGUGUCGGACUGAAGGGAACAAACGAACAGAACAUCAAACUCUGGGGCCAGCCCAAGUCGAUCAAAGACCUUUCUGAAAUAUUCAUCAGUUUCCUGUCGGGCAAGCUCGACCGGUUGCCUUGGAGUGACAGCCCUAUCACUGCCGAAGCAGAUGUUAUCAAGGACCACUUGAUCGCGCUCACCCAGCGAGGAUUUUUGACCAUCAACUCCCAGCCCGCGAUCAACGGCAUCAGGUCAUCAGACCCUGUGUACGGAUGGGGACCCAAGAAUGGCUUCGUUUACCAGAAAGCGUACCUUGAACUUCUCGUGCCCUCCUACCUCAUCGAUGAGUUGAUUGCUCGUAUCGAGAAGAAUGAUGACCUGACCUAUCACGCCAUUCAAAAGAGCGGUGAGCUGCGUACCAACACAAACGACAGCCCCAAUGCAUUGACAUGGGGUAUCUUUGCCGGCCGAGAGAUCAUUCAGCCAACCAUUGUCGAGACCGUCAGUUUCCUGGCCUGGAAGGACGAGGCUUACCGAUUGGGUGAAGAUUGGUCCAAAUGCUACGAGACUGGGAGCGCUAGUCGCAAGCUGAUCGAGCAGGUCAUGGACGACUGGUACUUGGUCAACAUUGUCGACAACGACUUCCACCGAAUCAAUGCAGUCUUCGAUCUCUUCACGGAUCUCGAAAUCAAAGACCUCUCCGUCGAACUUCCCGGAAAGCCCGAACCUAACGGUGCAGCGGAGGAGAAUGGCGCCGCAACCAAGAACUAA